CAAAGUCUCAUCAACAUAUUGAAAGAGAGGUUUCUUUUUGUUUGAAAAUAUCAGUCUUGCAUAAAAAUGUUGCUACAUGAGCUAUCCAAUAAUUCAUUUCAAUUUCCAUUCUUCACGUUUCCCUCCUUUGUAUCAAUAAUAUGUACUUGGGUUUGAACUAACUCUUUUUUUUGUUCCCUCUGAUUAGAGAAGCAGCUAACAUAGCAAGACAGAAAACAUGGAAGAACAACUAUUAAGUACUAACGGAAACAAAUUCCCUGUUGGCAACUCAGCAACUGUUUUUCUAAGCACUUUUGUUGUUACAUGUGGUUCCUUGUCUUAUGGAUUUGCUGUUGGCUACUCUUCUCCUGCCCAGUCAGGUAUCAUGGCUGACCUGGGAUUGUCCAUUGCAGAUUAUUCAACAUUUGGAGCUAUUCUGACACUUGGUGGAACUAUAGGUACCUUAGCGAGUGGCACUAUUGCAGAUAUGUUUGGGCGGAGAGUAACAAUGUGGUUUCUGGAUCUAUGUUCCAUCCUGGGAUGGCUAUCUAUAAUCUUUGCAAUGAGUGUUUGGUGGCUUGAUAUCGGAAGAUUUCUAAUGGGAAUCGGAGCUGGAGCUCUCCUUUAUGUGGCUCCUAUAUACAUUGCAGAAAUAUCGCCAAUAAGUAUUCGAGGUGGAUGCACAGCUGCAUUUGCGUUCAUGGUAUAUUUUGGCUUUUCACUGAUUUUUCUAAUUGGGAAUAUCUUGACUUGGCGCACCUUGGCUGUAGUAGGAAUUAUCCCCUCCUUGGUGCAGUUUCUAGGCCUAUUCUUCAUACCUGAGUCCCCAAGAUGGCUUGCCAAAAUUGGUCGGGACAAACAAGUAGAAGCAUCUCUACAGUAUCUGAGAGGAAAAAAUGUUGAUAUUUCUCUAGAAACAGCUGAAAUUAAGGACAAUGUGAAGUCACUUCAGCAGCUCUCAGGAUCAAGAUAUCUGGAUAUGUUCAACCGUAAAUAUGCACAGUCACUCAUUGUAGGAUUCGGAGUAUUGAUUUUGGUGCAGUCUGGAGGAACUGAUGCGAUUUCAUCUUUCGCAAGUUUCAUUUUCAAAAAAGCUGGUUGCUCGGCCAGUUUUGCAACUACAACAAUGGGAUUUAUCCAGCUCCCUUUUGCUGCUAUGGGCAUAUUCUUACUGGAUGCUACUGGAAGACGGCCAGUUCUGAUGGUCGCUUCUGCUGGCACUUGCUUAGGAAACUUUCUUGUAGGUGUAGGCUUUUUGUUUAAGGAUUAUGAUCACACAGGUCGGCUCACUGCCACAUUGGUUGAAACUGGCAUACUGUUAUUCAGUAUAUUUUACUCAACGGGUGUGGGCGGUGCAGCUAUUACUAUUGUUUCAGAGAUAUUUCCUAUGAACAUAAAGGGAUCAGCUGGAAGUCUUGCAAUUGUAUGCAACUGGUUUACUUCUUGGAUUGUCACCUAUGCUUUUAACUUCUUAUUUGAAUGGAGCCCUCCAGGAGUGUUCUUCAUGUUCACAAUAUUUUCUGGGUUGAUGAUCCCAUUUGUUGCAAUGCUAGUGCCAGAGACAAAAGGUCGGACACUUGAAGAAAUUCAGGCAUCCAUGACACUACUAAAUUGAUGUUGAUUUUCUUGUCAAGGAAAA